GUAUCUAUGCCUUCUAGAGCAGUGCUUACUUUGUUAACUUUAGGAAAUGUUCCUCACACAGCUAAGGUUGUGGAUUUACAAAAAUAAGAAAACCUUACACCAGAAUACACAGCUAUUAAUCCAUGCUAAAGUGUACCAGCUUUGGAUGAUGAUGGAUUUAAAUUAUUUGAGAGUCAUGCUAUUCUUAGAUACAUUGUUAAUAAAUAUCAGUUGCAUGAUUUUUAUCCUAAAGUAACUCUAUAUUAUGAUUAUCAUAUUAGGACCCAUAAGAAAUUGCCAAAGUAGAAUGUUAUUUAGAUUGGCAUCAUACAGGCACAAAAUUAGUUUCAAAAUUUGUGUUUGAACACAUAAUUGGACCAAAAAUGAUGGGAAGACCAGCUCCUCCAGAUUUUGAAGCAAAAGAGAAGGAGAUGGAAUCAAUCCUUUAAUUUAUAGAAUAUGUAUUUUUAGGUUAAGGCAAAUUUAAAUAUGUGUAAAAUUAACCAAAAAUGACAAUUGCCGAUUUAAGGUAUCUAAAUUAUUUUUAUUUUAGUUUAAUAUUUGAUAUCUAAAUGCUUUUUGGUUUCAAUUAUUCAUUUGAUAAAUUCCCAGGAUUAAAGAAUUACGUAUAACAUAUGUCUUAAUUACCUUAAAUUAAGUAGGUCAAUCAACCAUUUUAUGGUAUGAUUAAAAAUGCUCCAUUGAAUGACUUCAUCAAAGGAUUGAUAUAAUGAU